GUUGCAGUUGGUGCUUUCUACGCGCGGGUUGCGCACCGGUCGUUAGCAUUAAUUCGCGCGAAAAAAUAACCGCUAUGAGUCUCGAGGAGAGAAACAAAAAAGUGGCGGAAACGUUCGAAAAAUUCAAAAUAGCUGAUUGGGGCAACGGACAUGUUAGAACGUGUGCGCAAGUCGCGACCAACGUGUCAGAGCAGAAGCACCAGGUGACCAGAGCCAAGAGGAGCAAAGCGCUCGGCAGCCGCGCCUUCCGAGGCAGCACUGUUUGGUUCACCGGCCUCAGUGGUGCGGGGAAGACCAGCGUCGCCUUCGCGUUGGAAGCCUAUCUGGUGUCGAAAGGUAUACCCGCAUACGGCCUCGACGGAGACAACAUAAGGACCGGUCUCAACAAGAACUUGGGCUUCUCAAAGGAGGACAGAGAAGAGAAUAUAAGAAGAGUGGCAGAGGUGGCCAAACUCUUCGCCGACAGCGGAGUAGUCUGCUUGUGCAGUUUUGUAUCGCCGUUCGCUGAGGAUCGUGAUGUGGCCCGCCGUAUCCACACAGACUCAGACCUGCCGUUCUUCGAGGUUUUCGUGGACACUCCCCUCGAGGUGUGCGAGCAGAGGGACACUAAGGGGCUCUACAAGAAGGCCAGAGAGGGACAGAUAAAGGGCUUCACCGGCAUCACUCAGGAGUACGAGCGGCCGGAGGCUCCGGAACUGAUCGUCCAGACUGUGGGACAGUCUAUAGAAGAGUCCACAAUGCAAGUUAUCAAGCUGCUAGAGUCACAGGGCAUAAUCCCCCGGUACGAGAGCGCAACUGGAGUGGAGGAGCUAUUUAUAUACGGCAACCGUCUGUCCAGCGCCAUGGAUGAGGCGGAGACCCUGCCCCACGUGGACCUCACCACGCUAGACCUGCAGUGGGUGCAGGUCCUAUCAGAAGGAUGGGCUUAUCCACUGAAGGGUUUUAUGAGGGAAACUGAAUAUUUACAAGCUCUACACUCCAAUUGCCUAACACUGCCAGACGGGUCUCUAGUGAACCAGUCAGUGCCGGUAGUUCUACCGGUGAGCACGGAGUUGAAGGAGAGAGCGGCUGGCGCGUCGGCGCUAGCGCUGCGGUACGCGGGCCGAGCGGUCGCCGUACUCCGAGCGCCGGAGUUCUACCCGCAUAGGAAGCAGGAGAGGUGCGCCAGACAGUUCGGGAUAUAUCAUACUGGACAUCCGUAUAUCAAGAUGAUAGAAGAGUCCGGUGACUGGCUAGUGGGCGGUAACCUGGAGGUGUUCGAGCGUAUACGCUGGGACGAUGGCCUCGACAGCUACCGCCUCACGCCCAACGAGCUACGACAGAAGUUCAAGGAGAUGCAGGCGGAUGCUGUGUUCGCUUUCCAGUUAAGAAACCCCAUUCACAAUGGUCACGCCCUCCUUAUGCAAGACACACACAGACAGCUCAUCGAGAGAGGAUAUAAGAAGCCGGUACUACUUCUGCAUCCACUAGGCGGCUGGACGAAAGACGACGACGUGCCUCUAGAAGUUCGCAUCAACCAGCACAAGGCGGUGCUGAGCGAGGGGGUACUGGACCCCCACACCACCGUGCUCGCCAUCUUCCCCUCGCCCAUGAUGUACGCUGGACCCACUGAGGUCCAAUGGCACGCCAAGUGCCGCAUGAACGCUGGAGCCAACCACUACAUCGUGGGCAGAGACCCCGCUGGCUUACCACAUCCCGGCGCGCCCGGAGACUUGUACGACCCCCGACAUGGCGCCAUGGUGCUCAAGAUGGCGCCUGGGUUAAAUGACCUUGAGAUUAUUCCAUUCCGAGUAGCGGCUUACGACGCGUCCGUCAGUAAAAUGGCGUUCUUCGAUCCCACACGCAAAGAAGACUUUGAUUUCAUAUCAGGAACUAGGAUGAGAGGUUUAGCCAAAGCUGGUAAGGAGCCGCCGAAAGGUUUCAUGGCGCCGUCCGCAUGGAAGGUACUUGCCGAGUAUUAUCAAUCGCUAAAAUCCAAAAUGGACACUAAUUGAGAGAGAUUAUGACGUAAUAAACAUACAGGGUGAAGUUGAAACGCUUCCAAAAAUUAUUUAAGUAGAAGUAAAAUAGCGUUUACGUAUUGCUGACGUAUAAUUGUGUUCAUAUAAUUGUAAAAUAGGCGUUUAUUGUAUUAUAAAAUAU